CACAGCCAAACACAAAGCAGACGAUAUGGAGGAAGGCAGAGGUAGUUCGGAGGACUUGCUGCAGGCGCAAAAGGCGUACUGGGACGAGCAGCAGCCCAGCGUGGAUGGCAUGCUGGGUGGUCUGGGGUUCGUCCAUGACACAGACAUUGCCGGGUCGCGCGCGUUCCUGGACAAGGUGAUGCCACUGCGGGAGGGGCAGCAGGACCGCGGGCGGGCGUUGGACUGUGGCGGCGGUAUUGGGCGCGUGACAAAGCACCUGCUCUUGCCAGCAGGCUUCACCAGCGUGGACAUCUUGGACGUCAGCUCAGACUUCCUGGACAAGGCGGUGGACUACGUGGGCUCGGACGCGCUCAAGAACAGGUUCUGCAGUGGCCUGUCGCAGUUUGACUUUGCCGGCACGGGCCUCAAGUGGAACUGCGUCUGGGUGCAGUGGUGUGCCAUCUACCUGGCGGACGACGCGUUUGUGGACUUCUUCCGACGCGCAGCAGCCGCGCUCGCUGAUGAGAACAGCCUUGUCGUCCUCAAGGAGAACGCCUUGCGUGGCGACAGGCCGCCCGAGCCAGACCACGACGACAGCUCUGUGACGAGGAGCGAUUCGCACAUGCGGCGGCUGUUUGAGCGUGCUGGCCUUCGCGUUGUGCAUGCAGAAGAGCAGAAGGGCUUUCCUGCGGAGCUGUACCCUGUCAUCUCAUAUGCUCUUGUGCCCAGAUAGCAGCACCACAUGCAUCAUACAAUACAUGACACUGCAACUGAGACA